UGUAGGAUGAGGUUGGUUGGUCUGACAGGGGGUAUAGCGUCCGGAAAAACGUCCGUAGCUAGUGUUCUCAAGGAACACGGAGUGGCUGUUCUCUCUUGUGAUGCUGCCGCUAAACAAGUGGUCGAACAAGGGUGUCCUGGCUACAAGAAGGUUAUCGCUAGGUUUGGGGAAGCUAUUCUCCUUCCUUCCGGUGAAAUAGAUCGUGUUAAACUGGGUGAUUUGGUGUUUAAUGAUGCAGAAAACAGAGAUGCUCUGAACAAAUGCAUCCAUCCUGAGAUUGCUAAGGUCAUCAGACGUCACAUCAUCUGGCACUUUAUCAAAGGAACGACGAUAGUUGCUGUAGACAUACCUCUUCUGUACGAGAGUUGCAACAUUAAUCCCUUCCUUCACUCCAUCGUUGUUGUUUACUGCACAGCCGAACAGCAAAAAGUAAGGCUGAUGGACCGGAAUGAUCACUUUACCGAAGAGGAGGCUCAGGCUAGAGUAGACUCUCAGCUUUGUAUUGAGGAGAAGAGAAAGAGGGGAGAUCACGUGAUUGAUAAUACCGGACUUUUCUCUGAAACUGAACGACAAGUAGCAGCACUGGUUCCCCAUCUCAAAGAUGGAAUAGUUCCUAUACAGAAGAUAAUACUUCUGGGCUUGUUUGCCUUGAUCGUGUUCAUAGUAUGGUCUAAAAUGUUUUAGGACAUUGUGACAGUUUUAUGUUCUUAUAUGAUAAGAUUCUUUCACGAAAAAAAAUGUUUGCAUGAAAUGUUUGUAUUUUGCUACCGGUCUAAUUUGUUAACCGUUUUGAAGAUCUGAUUUUCGUUUUAUGCGCAUGUCUUGAGGUACUUUUUGAAUAAAAUUCUAAAUUCUUCUUGUAUUCAUUUGAUUAUAAUUUCAGAAAAACUUUUAUCAAUUACAAAA